CACCCCUCCCGCACCCUGCGCUCCACGCCGAUUGCCCGCUCCGGCUGUGCCAAGACCCGACAAUGACUCUCAACAAUGUCACCAUGCGCCGGGGUACGGUGGGCAUGCAGCCCCAACAGCAGCGCUGGAGCAUCCCAGCUGAUGGCAGGCAUCUCAUGAUUCAGAAGGAACCUCGCCACCGGCCUGCCCCCGCCCCCGACGACCACUGCCGUCGGAGCUGGUCCUCCGACUCCACAGACUCAGUCAUCUCGUCCGAGUCCGGCAACACCUACUACCGGGUGGUGCUGAUAGGGGAGCAGGGCGUGGGCAAGUCCACGCUGGCCAACAUCUUCGCUGGUGUGCACGACAGCAUGGACAGCGACUGCGAGGUGCUUGGAGAAGAUACGUAUGAGCGCACCCUGAUGGUGGAUGGGGAGAGUGCAACAAUUAUACUUCUGGACAUGUGGGAGAAUAAGGGGGAGAAUGAAUGGCUGCAAGACCACUGCAUGCAGGUCGGAGACGCCUACCUGAUCGUCUACUCCAUAACAGACCGGGCAAGCUUUGAGAAGGCGUCUGAGCUGCGGAUCCAGCUCCGCAGGGCCCGGCAGACAGAGGACAUUCCUAUCAUUUUGGUUGGCAAUAAAAGUGACUUAGUGCGGUGCCGGGAAGUGUCUGUAUCAGAAGGGAGAGCUUGUGCCGUGGUGUUUGACUGCAAGUUCAUCGAGACCUCGGCGGCUGUCCAGCACAACGUGAAGGAGCUGUUUGAGGGCAUCGUGCGCCAGGUGCGCCUGCGCCGAGACAGCAAGGAGAAGAACGAGAGGCGCCUGGCCUACCAGAAGAGGAGAGAGAGCAUCCCGAGGAAAGCCAGGCGCUUCUGGGGCAAGAUCGUGGCCAAAAACAACAAGAACAUGGCCUUCAAGCUCAAGUCCAAGUCCUGUCAUGACCUUUCUGUGCUCUGAGCUUUUAGAGGGAUGCGGAUGUCCCCGUGAUGGACAUCGUAGGAGGCCGUUGGUGCUGGUAAUCUAUAUUAGAUUGGAUUGUUAGAUAUGGCUGGAGGUGGCUUUCCCCAGUGCAGCCCGAAACUCACUCAUAGCCUCCUGGGCAACAUGCUUAAUAGGGGAUGAAGGAGCCUAGCACACAAUCAGUAUUUAUUUACAGGAAAAGCCUGACCUUGUUACUUAAGUAAUAAGGUCUUCAUAUGUAUUUCUUCUCUCCUUUGGAUAGUGAAGAAGUGAAGCCCGCAGAGGAAUGCCUGCAACAGGAACUGUUAUCCUAACAUUUUUCCCAGUGUUCUGAUAGGUGAAUAUGAGGCCGUUGGCUCACAAACAACUCUUGGAAGGCGAAGAGUAUGUUCCCAACGAGGUAGAACUUUCUAUGCACCCUGUUUCUGUGGAGCUGGUCUUGUAGAGCUAAUCUCGUCCUCAUGGUUCUGACUAUUGCUAAUCCAUCAAACUGUGAAAAGCAAUGAGAGGCCUUGCUGGAAACUAAAGCUCACGGAGCAGUUU